AUGGUAAAACUGAACGAAUUCACGGCUGUGUUGUGCUUGUACAACGCGCAUACAUGGCGUCCUACAGCGAGUGUCAGAGACCGCGUGGGCGGGGCAGGAUCGCGGCGCGGAACUGAGGCGUUGCGCACCGGUGGCCCGCACCCGACGAGGCCGUACGCCGUCAGCGGCCGGCGAUGCUCCAGCCAGCAGCUGCUGCUGGUGUUGGCGGUGGCGGCCGCGCCGGCCUCGGCACUCCGCCUGACCGGCACGUGGCGCACCGACUCGUUCUUCCUCUUCCUGGCCAAGUUCGGCUUCCAGCGGACACGCAGUCCGAAUCGGCACGACACCGAGGGCCACAUCUUCGGCAACGUGACGUCGGCGUCUGGCGCGCCGGCGCCGGCGCUGCUGGCCGUGCUGGACCGCACCUUCUUCAUCGACUACUACACGAACCGCAGCUGGGCUGACCGCGACACCGCCUGCCGCCGCAUGUUUGCCCAGCUGGGCCGCGUGGCGUACGACAGUCGCUGCUUUGACGACGGCGAGGAGGACUUCCUGCGGCGCGUGCCGUGCGCGGCCGGCGAACUCUGCCCGGACGAGGACGCGCCCGCCAACGUCGUUCCUGGACACCAGUUCACCUAUUCUAUCCAGGAUGUGCACCAACCUAGAUUCUGGUACCUCAGCCUGGUGGCGUGCCACCGGGACCCCCAGACGUGUGAGUGGCGUCACACGCGGCAGCCAAUCACCAUCGAGUACGACAUCUGGCUGGUAAACGGCAACCCGCACAACCGUGCCCAGAAUCCACUCGAGUAUCAGUUCUCCUUCGACGAGCAGGACACUGUGGAGGUGCACCUGGCCUUCAUGGGCCUGUACACGCUGCUGGCGCCGUUCCAGCUGUACGCGUCGCUACAGCAACGGCACAGUCUUACCCGCCUGUUCACGGCCUCCCUGAUCACUGGCCUGGCCGGCUGGCUGCUGCGGGCCGUGCACAGCGUCAAAAUGGCGCUCGACGGCGUUGGCAUUCAGCCAAUCAGCAUUGGCGGAGACUGUCUCAACAUGGCCGCUCAGCUGCAGCUGAUGCUGGUGCUGAUGCUGCUGGCCCAGGGCUGGACGGUCCGUGACCCGCUGGUAUCGGGCAACAGGCGGCUGCUGGCCGUGUGGAGCGUGUACGGUCUCAUAAGCGUGCUGCUCUACGUCUGGAACCGGACGGAGGUGGACGUGAUAUACGACAUCGACGAGUACCAGACGUGGCCGGGCUGGCUGGCGCUGGCGCUGCGGCUGGCCAUCAUGUGCUGGUUCCUGUGGGAGCUGCGCGCCACCAUGGCCGGCCAGCGCGCCGAGACGCGGCUCCAGUUCCUGCUGCACUUCGGCGCCGCCUCGCUCCUCUGGUUUCUCUACCUGCCGGUGGUGGCGCUGAUAGCGCUCACCAUCAGCGCCCUCUGGCGCCACAAGCUGCUGCUGGCGCUGUCUGGCUCGGCCGACUUCCUGGCGUUCGCCAUCAUGACGCACCUGCUCUGGCCAGCCCGCUCACGGCGCUACUUCCAACUGGACACGCCCGACCUGGACGUGUUCGACGAGCUGGAGGAGUUCAGCCAGGCCACGCAUGUGUUACUGAGCGCCGCGCCUCUGCCGGACGUGACUCGGGGCGCCGCGCGCAACGGUGCAAGCCUGGGCACGGCCGAGCGACCGGACGGCCACGGCCGCGGCGCCGACACAAAGCGGUCAGCUUGAGCAGGCGGCCACGGCCGCGGCGCCCAUUUGUCUCGACGUCAGUCCGUUCCAGACGAACGUCGCCGGCUGAGGCGGCUCACAGUAGACUCUAGGGCAACUGCGGGACUGGUAACAGGGCCACUGGGGCGUGGGACCGUCUCUAAGGUGUUUGCGUUGUUAGCUGCUGGCAUUACACCAUCUUAUUUUGGCUGAUGUGGUGAUGCGUACUAGUCACCACGCUGUGUGGGUAAGUGUGUGGGACUGGUCUGGGGCAUAUUUCAGUUGUACCAGAUUCGUUCGCCGUAGUAUCGCUCCGUUUUGUGUGGGGCGGAUAACGUUGUGAUGAGAGUCUAGUCGUCCUUGGUGGUCCACUGCUUUACCAUUCCUAAUCGACAGUAGGCUGCUUGGAUCCGUUAUAUUUUUGAGUGAUGUCACCUUGUACGCCGAGUGGAAAUCCCGACUGAAGCGCCACAGGUGCGUUAUGGUUGCUGUUCGGGAAUUUAUCUGUCAGAGCUUUUAGUACCAAAGGUAAUAUACUAUACCUGCCACAGUAUUCGACGUAGCCAGUAGCUGUCCGUCCAUGGUACCUGUAACCAGGGAGUUUCGAGUGAUACGUGUCUCUUUUGCGUGAAGGGUUCGUCAGGGUACCGAAAGUGUAAUGGUCAACGUGUUUGCGUCAACCGCUGCGCCUCUGGAAGCCGGACACGGGGUUCGAUUCCCGCGGUGCCCCUCCUUCCUGCCAGAAUCAGGGGCAGGCGACGCCACAGUCUCAGCAGCUGAGUACGUCGUAAAGCCCCAAUGACGACGAUGACGAAGCGGUUCGUGCGCUGUUGGCAGUGGAUGGAGCUCUGGGACAGGGCGGGACAGCCGCGUGGGCAGAGUUUCGAGCUGUUACGAAAAGCCAAGUAUGAAAACUUGUGAUUUUGUGUGAUCUGGCUUACAGUGCAAACAGAGCAUCGUCUAGUCGUUCAUAAAGUCGUGUUAGUUGUGCUGGGGAUAUCUAGUCUUAUGAGCGGCCGUGGCGUGCAGGCAGGACAGUCAGGCGUGCUCGGACCUCCACAGCCGCCUGUACAGGUCUAUCGUGGUGCCGCCUGUCGGGAGCGGCCGUGGCGUGCAGGCAGGACAGUCAGGCGUGCUCGGACCUCCACAGCCGCCUGUACAGGUCUAUCGUGGUGCCGCCUGUCAGGAGCGGGCGCCGCCGGACUCAUGGCAGACGGGGAGCUGCUGUCUGGGGGUGUGUGGGUCGCAGGGCGUGCCCAUUGAGAGGCGCUGCACUCGCCACCGUCCCAGCAACAGGUCGCAUCACAGCUGGGACUGUCCGCUUUUUCCAUGUACCAGGCCCGGAUCAGCUCACGCUGGAGGUGGGAUGGGCUACAUGCGCCACAAAGCUCAAAUUCGAUAGGUUGCUGCCUUUUGCCCAAGUGCAACAUUUUUUCGCCAGCGGUAUACUGUAAUGCUAAUAGUAUGGUCAUGUGUUGUGGUGCAGUGCAACGGAGCAGCGUUUUCUUGUCCGAAUAGGCUUGGGUUUCGCCAGCGAAAGGCAUUGUAUUGUGAAGGCAUUUGUAAAGGCACUUCCUCAGUCCCAUCCAGCUAGUAUCAUAACAAUCAGAUGAGGUAUUGGGCAUCCUGGUUGUGAUCUUGAUUGGUGUUGUAUUGGCCGGCCUUGCGGUUUCAUCUACGCCUGGCCUUCGUUUGUUGUCUUGCAACAUGUAGCGUGACAUGCAAAUAUACAACUGCGCUCAUACG